AGCGACGGGGACACCAUCUGUGGGUGUGGGGGUGAAGGUCUGGGUGCUGGAGGCCGCCACUCGCCUCAGUAAUGUCAACAAUGAACGGCUCAAAGCAGGAGUGGGACGAGUCUCACAUAAGAAAGUACUUUUUCCCCACAGAGCAGAUCCCACGUCUUUCCUGCAAUGAUUCCCAGGCUGUUGAACUUAUUUCUCAAGAGAAACCAGUUGUCCUGACAGACACCAGACUCUGUGAUACAGCUUUAAAAUGGGACUUAGAUUAUUUAGAAGAAAAUAUGGGCAGUGAUCGGUAUAUGGUAUUUGUUUCUAAAAAUCACAAGUUUAAAUAUUAUGAUGAGGCAAAGAUUAAGCAGUACAAAACCAAUUUUGUUCCACCAACUAGAAGAGUUGACAUGACAUUCUCAGAGUUCGUAAAAAAACUUGAGGAGUGGAAGCCAGGAGAUGAAAGAGCAUACUUGCAGCAGGGUCUGAACAAUACCGUUGGACAAGGUAUUGUGAUGGACUUUUUGAAGUUUAACUGGCAGUGGCUUAAUGUUCAGCAGAAGAGAAACAACUGGGGUCCCCUCACAUCUAAUCUCCUACUUGUUGGCAUGGAAGGUAAUGUGACUCCUGUGCAUUAUGACGAGCAACAGAACUUCUUCUGCCAGUUGAUUGGUUACAAAAGGUGCAUACUUUUUGCACCAGAGCAUUAUAGUCAUCUCUAUCCAUACCCAGUGUAUCACCCACAUGAUCGACAGUCUCAGGUUGACUUUGAUGAACCUGAUGCUGAGAAGUUUCCAGGUCUUGAACAUCUGCAAGGGGUGGAGGCGGUAGUGGGUCCUGGUGAUGUCCUCUAUAUACCCAUGUACUGGUGGCAUCACAUAGAGAGCUUGCCAAAUCUUAGUCAUACAGUUUCUGUCAACUUCUGGUAUAAGGGAGGCCCAACGGAGAAGAUAGAAUAUCCCCUCAAACCACGACAAAAAUUGGCUGUCAUGCGCAAUGUUGAAAAGAUGUUACUAGAAGCCCUGAAAGAUCCAGCAGAAGUGGGACCUCUUCUGCGUUCACUCGUGAUUGGCAGAUAUACUGGUGAAGAAGCAGAGCAGCAGGAAGCAAAGCUGUAAUUUGGUGCUAUUUAGACUAGUGAUUUGUGAAAUAAUUUUGUGUUUUGGUACCUGUAAUAAAAUGGUGGAGUUACUAUCGUACAGAAAUAUUGAUUUUGUAUAUGGUAAUAGCUUUAGAAAUCACAGAUAUAUUUCCUUGGCUUUAUAAUGUGAAUAUUUAUAAUGCUUAUUAACCACUGUGCUGCGUGUCUUUUAUUGUGACAUUCUGGUGGUGCGCCGAAAUUGAAGCGCUCCCCCCCCCCUCCUCCCAAUUCUAUUUUAUUUGGAUAUUUUUCAAUUUUCUUCCCUAAACAUGUACACGUAAAAUUAAAAAAAAAAAUUUGGCUGUGGCAACGUAGAGAGUAUGUGGCGUGACGUCACCAGAACAUGAUCACCCAUGCAGGAAGUCCACAGAGGUGGUCGCGCAGGUGAUUCAAGACUCGUGAGUUGCCACAAAUUUAUUUUCAUUCAUUUUUUCAAUGCAUUUUCAUUGCUUUCUAAUUUUAGAAAGAUACUUUCUAAAAUAAGCAUCUAAGAUAAGUAUCUAAGAUACUUUUUUAUUGUAUCUGAUGCACAUUUGUGUCCUUUACAAUAUGUACACAGUAGAACAUUCAUAUUGUUCCAAGUAACUGUUUAUUUACAAUAUGAACACACACUAUUUACAGUCACACACUGUAUUACACACUCAGUACUUCGGAGUGUGUGUCACGAAGGAAGGCCUGCUUCUUUCAUGACCCAGCAGAAGGAAGAGUAAUAAUUAUUCAUUAAUUAUAAUAUUAUUAUUAUUAUAAUAAUUCUAAUAAUAAUUGUUGUAGUUAAUAAUUAUUACCCUUCAUUUUGCUGGGUCAUAAAGGAAGCCGGCCUCAGGUGAAAGGGGGCUGUGACGAUCUCUGUCUGGAACCCAUAGGUGCGGGGCUCGGACGUCCACCUCCUGGCGCUCAUGUGGCCCAAGGUCUGCUUCAGGAGGCUGGGAUCAUUCUUGCCCUUGCUGGGGUGGUUAUUCUCCGGCCCCGACCACGGUGGUCUCCAGGUUUGGAGUCCCUGUGCCUUCUUUUACCAACUUCGGGGUAAACUCCAGAGCUGGAGCCCCUAGGGCAGUUUGUUGUUGCCUGCAACCUCGUUCUGACAGUUCCUGAGACAGUGCUGGAAUCAAUCGUAUUGGUCCUUUCCAUUGGAGACUUUCAGCACCAUGGAGAGGGGGGACCUGCUGCACGAGUGACGGCUUCUUCCCUGUAUCGACCUACUCUGGCUUUACGUCCUGGAGAGUCUACCCCAGACCGACAACCAGCAUGCAACUCCAUAGUCUCCCGAGACUGAUGGAUGCCUACUAUCACUACUACUACUUGGGAAGCAAGUGAUAAUCAAAGCAGCAGUCCAUGAUACACAGCGCGACUUUGCACUCGAUGCAUCAGGUACACACAUUUUCUCUUCCUGUUUCUUUGUUGUGUGCGCUUACAAAAAAUGCACUCUUGUACACCUUUGGCUUUAGUUCCUGUAGGUGGUAUGUAGCCAAGCCUGUGAAGUGUAAGGUAGUCAGAAAAAACUAGAGAUUCAUCAAUGACUAAAUUCUGUCCUGGUACAAAGUAAUCGCAAAAUUUUCGUCUGAUACCUGUCUCGUGACAUGUACCUGUUGAACACUGGGCUUGGAACAGCGCUCCGGUAGGCGCGCACAACUCCAGGGACUGAUGACGCCAAACUAAUAUGGCACACGUGAGUUUGGAUAGCUUCAGGGAGCCUCCGGGGCUCACCCCAGAAAAUGGCAUUUCGUUACAUUCAACGCUGGUUAUUUAACGAAUGUUAAAUAAAAUUUAAUUGGGUGUAAAAUAUUUAUAUUUACCCCACACAUUAAAAAGACACGAAGAUGUGAUGAAAUUUCAGUCGAUCCUUGACCAGCAAGUGGAAACUUUUCUUAUUUGAUGAUUAUCUUUGAUGGACCAUAACAGUCACACUAUCAUCACUUUGAUUUUUGUGUUGAGAUUUUGUAAUGAAUCAAUAACUGUCUAAUUAUAUACUGUAUGUAUGUGUAAUUAUAUAUAUAUAUAUAUAUAUA